ACCUGGUUAACUGGGGAAGAACUGACAUGUCCUGGAUGGAAAAACAUAAGAAAGGAACUGAUUCAUAAUAUAUUUUUAGUUUUCUUUUAGCUUAAUGAUUUUAUUAAUUAGAGAUAAUGAAUAGCUCUUUUCCCCUCUGAAAAUUUAAAAUGUAAAGUUAUCAUGAAGCAAAUCUAAAAUAUAGCCUAAUUCUAUUCAAAUGAAGACAGAACUAGAAAUCUCAGAGCAGAAUAUCUAUCCCCUGCUGGCAAUGAUCUUAGGAGGGGAUGCACUCUUUUCCAUGAGGGUGCAGGAUGCCUUAAAGUGAUCAAGUGCCCAGCAUCUCCCUCUGGAAGCCAUUCAGAGACUGAUGCCCAGAGAUGGAGACUUAGUACUCACGAAAUCUGAAGACUCAAGACAAGAGCUGAGUAGGUUUCCAGGGCACAUGAAAACUGAUGCUGUUCUCUGGGGCAAUGGAUGGAAUGAAUCACUCUGUAGUAUCAGAGUUUGUGUUCCUGGGACUCACUAAUUCAUGGGAUAUUCAGUUUCUCCUUCUUGUCUUCUCCUUGUUGUUCUACUUUUCAAGCAUAAUGGGAAACCUUGUCAUUGUGUUCACUGUAACCUUGGAUGCUCACCUGCACUCCCCCAUGUAUUUCCUCCUGGCUAACCUCUCAGUCAUUGAUAUGGUGUUUUGCUCAAUCACAGCUCCUAAGAUGAUUUGUGAUAUUUUCAAGAAGCACAAAACCAUCUCAUUUUUGGGAUGUAUUACCCAGAUCUUCUUUAGUCAUGCUGUUGGGGCCACUGAGAUGGUGCUGCUCAUAGCUAUGGCCUUUGAUAGAUACGUGGCCAUAUGCAAGCCUCUGCACUACCUGACCAUCAUGAGUCCAAAAAUGUGUCUAUACUUUUUAGUCACUUCCUGGAUCAUUGGAGUUAUCCACUCAUCAGUCCAAUUAGUUUUUGUGGUAGAUUUACCUUUCUGUGGCCCUAAUAUAUUUGACAGCUUUUACUGUGACCUUCCCCGGCUCCUCAGACUUGCUUGCACAAACACUCAAGAACUUGAGUUCAUGGUCACUGUUAACAGCGGACUCAUUUCUGUGGGCUCCUUUGUUGUGCUAGUCAUUUCCUAUAUCUUCAUUCUGUUCACUGUUUGGAAACACUCUCCUGGUGGUCUAUCCAAGGCCCUCUCUACUCUGUCAGCUCAUGUUACUGUGGUUGUCUUGUUCUUUGGACCACUCAUGUUUUUUUACACAUGGCCUUCUCCCACAUCACACCUGGAUAAAUAUCUUGCUAUUUUUGAUGCAUUUAUUACUCCUUUUCUAAAUCCAGUUAUCUAUACAUUCAGGAACAAAGACAUGAAAGUGGCAAUGAGGAAACUAUGGAGCCGUCUUAUGCAUUAUAGAAAGAUUUCAUAAAUGGAUUGCCUUUUUAAUCUUUUUAGAAAGAUUUCAUAAAAGGCGUGGAACUAUAGAUUCUCUCUCAUGGUAGUUGCAGAAAAGAUACUCUGCAAUUUCACAGAAACAUUGAAGAUUUAUGCCAUGUUAUAUGCACAGAGAUUUACUAACUACUAAGUAUCUGUUUUACCAUUAUAUUAGAAGUGAUGUUAUUGUUGACACUCUGUACAUUAAAGUGUUAAAAAUAAAAUCACAUGUCUUUUGUAAUCUACCAUGUUAAAAGUCUAUAUUCUAAGAAGGUGUCAUGUAAUUGAGCAGAUAAUAAAUUAUAUUUUAUCUUUUUCCUAUAUUGGAUAGAUUAGUCUAUUGAAAGACAAACUAUGUUCUAUGAUCUU